CCAGGGCCCGUAUACACAAAACUUGUUAGCAUUAACAAAUAGCUGUUAAGGGUAACAAAUUCCUGUUAAGGCUAACAUUUAGCUGUUAAGCACUAACAGUGGAUACAGAAAACUUGUUAGGGCCUUAAAAGUACUAUUAAGGUAAAAGUGCUGUGGAGGACUAUUAGGCUCUUAACAAAUUCCUGUUAGUAGAGAAGAUGGCGGAGCAACAACAACAACUUCAAAGACGACAGCGAGUGUAUCGACAGCGACGGGACGUAUUCAACGAGUACAAUGACGACGAACUCAUCAAACGCUUCAGGAUGAACCGUGCUGGUAUAAUAACAGUGGCUGAUUUAGUGAGGGACAAACUUCAAUCCCGUACAGAACGGAAUCAACCACUGAGUCCUGAGACAAAGGUGGCAAUUACCCUAAGAUAUUUGGCCACAGGUAAAAUGCAGCAGUGCAGCAUUGAUGACUUUGGGACCUCACAAGCAACAAUCAGCCGUGUCAUUACUCAAACAAUUGAUGCACUGUCAGAACCAGACAUUGUAACUCAAUUUGUAAAAUUCCCAUUGACUCGCCAAGAAGUGCAAGUGAAACAAGAAGAGUUCAUGGAAGACUAUAGGUUUCCCGGUGUUGUGGGUACCAUAGAUGGCACACACAUUAGAAUUGUGGCUCCCAGUGUCGAUGAACAUUUAUAUGUAAAUAGAAAACGAUACCACAGCAUCAAUGUGCAAGUCGUAUUCGAUGCCAAAUACAGGAUACUUGAUGUUUUGGCACGGUGGCCUGGCUCAGUACAUGAUGCCAGGAUAUUGGACGAGUCUGGCUUGAAGGCACUUUUUGAACAAAAUUAUGUCCCAGCUGGAUGCUACCUUCUAGGAGACAGUGGUUAUCCUUGCAAGGAGUGGUUGCUGACGCCUUAUCUAAACCCUCUGGCUGGCGUUCAGACAAACUAUAACACAGCACACAAGAGGACACGUUGUGUAGUAUAGAGGGGGAUUGGCCAGCUCAAGCAACGGUUCCAUGCACUUCAUGGUGAAGUGAGAUUGUCCCCAGAGAAGACAUGCA